AAAUGUUUUCGAAUUCUUUCGAAAACCUUACGAUUAUUUCUAACUUCCCAGAUUUGUUUUUCAAUUACUUUAAAAAUAAAACAUGGGGUACAUCAAUUUUCUUCAUUAAAAAACACGUUGUGCCCCCGGAACUUCUCAAAAAUAAAACACCAGGAACUCGAAAGUUUUUUUUUUUAACUUUUAAAACUGAAACACCAAAGACUAAAAUUCUUUCAAACUUAAAAAACCCUUAGAGGGUUUCAGAUCCAGCACCCUCAAUUUAAAUCAUUGGUCCCUCACUUUGACACAAUUACCUCUAUCCGAGCCCUAACAAUCCUUCACAGAACCGAGAUAAUCUCAAAACGGUGGUCAAUUUCUCGUCACACCCAUUAUCCUAAUCUGAAAUUAGCCUUCUGUUAAAUCUUCCAUUCGAUCCCUUCGCAAACAACCCACAAAGACUAUCAAACUCAGAAACGACAAAAACCCCAAACUCCUUCAAACUUUACAAUAAUUAUCUGUCUAAACUUGUUAGAGAAUUUAUCAGAUUUAAUAAAAAAUGCGGUUUCCUCUUAGUGUUUGCUAUGUAAAAUAAACCUUCUAUAACUAGUGUUCCAAUUCAAGUAAUUUUUGGCACGUCGCGUCUAUUGUACUUCCUUUUGUUAAAUUGUAACCUAUUCAUGCUUUAUAAUAUAAUUUUUGGUGUGAAUAGAAGUAGUUUCGUAUUUUCCGCGAUAAUUCGAAAACUGCCACCAAUCACUAAAACCUUCAUUGGUUAAUCGAUUCCUCUUUACCUGUUUACCAAAUAAUUUACUAUAGAAACCAAACGUCCAUUCUGUUACAUUACGCUUUAAAGAUGUGUCCAGUAAUAACGUCAUCAUCGUAAUAAAGGGGCUAUAAUAGGCGCAAAUAAUUACGAAACAGUUUUACCAAGUUAAACAAGUCGCUGACGUUGUCCUUUGUGACCUUUAUCAUCCCCCUAAAGCCAAAAACGAGAGUAGAAUGCCGCGCUUUAGACAGAAAUUAACUGUGUAAAGACCAGGGGCGAACAAGCCAACAACCCGCUUAGUUCAUUACCAGAACCAAACAAUUAACUCUGAAUAAAUAAAACUCUGUACAAGCAUAGAACACCAGUUUGUUCGCAAUCUAAACUAGUACCAGUGGGAGUCAUUCAAUACGCUUCUAAUAGUGAAAAUACUGUUCUUAGCUACAUCACCCUUUACAUUUCAACCCCUUCCACAGCCCCCUUCUUCCAGCUACAACACCUAAAAUGCCAGACUGUGCUCCCGCACACCACCUCUAAAACAUAUCAUCUACAAGCGUUCCACAAAACAUGUAACAAUGACCGACCACCUCUUGCAACCCACCGAGAUCCCCCUGAUAAUAACUUCGACGAACUCGAGCCCGGACGCCUCCCGGAAAAUCGAGUCCUGCAGUCGCAGGAAGAGCGUCGAUACGCGCAAACAGAGCACAAACGGCUCCGAUGCCAACAAAAACGGCGCCAAGAAUAGCAGGAAUCUGCCGGUGGGUGGGUCGUUCAAGUACGAAAUCGGAAGGAACCGAUCGGUGUCAAAUCUGAUCAAUUUGCCGGCGAAGUGGUCGAGCGUGAGGAUUAAAGGGACGGGGUUUAACGAGUCGAGGAAGAGCGUUGUUAAGAUCGAGGCGUGUAAUGGACUGCCGAUCGGGAAGAAGGACUACCAGAAUCUGCUGAGUCCCACGCAGAGCCAAGUCAAGAAGAAUAUAGGAAAUGUGCUGUCGCUGGGGGCGGACGUCCUGCCGGAGUACAAGCUGCAGAAUCCGAGGAUACACAACUGGACGAUCCUGCACUACUCCCCCUUCAAGGCCGUCUGGGACUGGAUCAUACUCAUUCUAGUGAUGUACACUGCGAUAUUCACGCCUUACGUCGCCGCUUUUUUACUCAACGAGCCGGACAACAACAGGAAGAACAAGAAGUACGGGGAGGACCCGAUUGUCAUCAUAGAUCUGAUAGUCGACGUCACCUUCAUCAUCGACAUCUUGAUCAACUUCAGGACCACCUACGUAAGUGGCAACGACGAGAUCGUCUCCGACCCGGUCCGGAUAGCAGUUCACUACUUAAAAGGAUGGUUCUUCAUCGACCUGGUGGCCGCUGUGCCUUUCGAUUUGCUGUUUUUCGGCAGCGACACGGACGAAUUGGGCUUGGAUAAAGACGAGACCACAACCCUGAUUGGACUACUUAAGACUGCUCGCCUCCUACGUUUAGUACGUGUAGCACGAAAAAUCGACAGAUACUCUGAAUAUGGCGCCGCCGUUCUGCUGCUACUCAUGGCCACCUUCGCGCUCAUCGCCCAUUGGCUGGCCUGUAUAUGGUACGCAAUCGGCAACGCCGAGAACCACUCGAAAAUCGGCUGGUUGGAGAUUCUGGCCAAUGACACUCACCAGUUCUAUGGCCCUAACAACACCGGAGGGCCGAGUAUAAAGAGCCGAUAUGUGACGGCGCUGUACUUCACGUUCACGUCACUGACCAGCGUGGGAUUCGGCAACGUCGCACCCAACACGGAUGCUGAGAAGAUUUUCACCAUCUGUGUUAUGUUGGCGGGAUCCCUAAUGUACGCCAGCAUCUUCGGCAACGUUUCGGCCAUCAUCCAGCGGCUGUACUCCGGCACCGCCCGGUACCACACGCAGAUGCUGCGCGUGCGGGAGUUCAUCCGCUUCCACCAGAUCCCCAACCCGCUGCGGCAGCGCCUCGAGGAAUACUUCCAGCACGCGUGGACCUUCACCAACGGCAUCGACAUGAACUCGGUGUUGAAGGGCUUCCCGGAGUGCCUCCAGGCCGACAUCUGCCUCCACCUCAACCGCAACCUCCUGCAGAACUGCAGCGUCUUCGACGGCGCCAGCCCGGGGUGCCUCCGGGCCUUCACGUUGAAGUUCAAGACGACGCACGCGCCGCCGGGGGACACCCUGGUGCACCGGGGGGACGUGCUGUCGUCGCUGUAUUUCAUAUCGAGGGGGUCGAUCGAGAUACUUCGUGACGAUAUUGUGAUGGCUAUUUUAGGUAAAUACGAUAUUUUCGGGGAGAAUCCCUGUUUACAUCCCACAUUGGGAAAGUCAAGCUGCAACGUUAGGGCUUUGACGUACUGUGAUUUACAUAAGAUACAUAGAGAUGAUCUCUUAGACGUGCUAGAACUGUAUCCGGAGUUUUAUAAUCAGUUCAUGAAUAAUUUAGAGAUUACGUUUAAUUUGAGAGAUGAUGAACAAGCCGGGGUUAUUCCCAGACGCUCGUUUUAUCCCAAAGGACCCAACAAGGAAAGCCGGUUUUUCCGAGGGGUUAACUCCAACGGGGUGUCUAGUAGGGGCAAUUCCAUGACGGGGAGGCAGGAUUCGCAGUACAGCGACGAGUCCGAGUCCGGGCAUGGCAUCCUGGAGUUCUCUACUGAGAAAGCGGGCCAAGACGUGACACCAAUAAACCUAGAUUUCGGCGAAGAAAAAAAGAGAUCGUCCACUCUGAAUUCCAUUACAGGCAUGCUAUCACAGCUCAAAAGAAGUAUACCAGACCUAAGGUUACACAAAACUCAUCAGCCACUAAUAGCGCAAUCGACGCCCCCUUCCAGCCACCGCAUCCGCACCAUCCGCCGCCAGUCGUCCGUGGGCACGUACCAGGAGUCCCACGCGCCGCCCCCGCAGCAGCCCCACAGCUCUGUCCCCAUCUCGAGCAGCACCAGCUACUACACGAACAGCCCCAGUCCGCCCCACCACGGCGACGCCGCCACCAUGGCGCAGACCCUCCACGCCGCCGCCGAACCCAACUUGCAACAUUCCACUUUAGAGACACAUUCUGACAAUUUCGUAGUGAGUAGGAGCCAGCUAGAGCACAUCAACACGAAACUGGAUCACCUGACGCGGAGGGUGCAGUCGCUGGAGCAGACGCUGGCGGCCGACGUCAAGGCGAUUCUGGGCCUGCUGCAGGGGCAGGGCGCGGAGGCGGCGGCGGCGGCGAGGCACGAGCUGCCCGAGUACGAAAACGUCAACCUAGACCCUGGUAGAAUUAGAUAUACGUUUCAGAGGUCGGUCAGCGAGCCGAAACCGAUAUCAAAGAGUCAACAGCAUUCCCAAGUACUUCAUAGAUUUGCAUCAUUCAACAAAGCUUUUGAUUUCGAUAAGUAUCAAGAUCCCUCGUGGACGGACGUGGUAGUCGCUAAAGAAAAAGAAAGCAAGGAAGACAAGUCGGCUCCGAUCGCCAAACUAGAGUCGCUAGACGAACUCGAUCUGGAGUCGCCGCAAGGCAGUCCGAAGAAACCCAAGAAGUAGCUUCGUCUUUUCGAUUUCUUUCCGUUCGAUCAUCCUUUUGACUAUAUUGCUUUCAGUACGUAAGCGGAAGGAAGCCAGAGACUGUCAAAAGAUACAAACAAACAGUGAGAUUAUGUAAUAAUUCGCUAAAAUAAGGACACACUCUGUAAGCGGGAGUUUUCCCCCGACUUUCCCCCUUCUCGAUAUUUCGUACUAGAUAGUUACAGUUAACUCCGUGUAAACAGUUCGCAUCUUAGCUUAUUCCCGGAAAAUCGGGGAAAGAUUCCCGCUCCCAGCAACCAAGUUUCAGGCUGGCGCUGCGUCAGAAAACGACAAUAACGUCCUUGGUUACGUUUUGCGCGAUCGGCGCCCUCUGGCGGCGGAAGUCGCGCUCCGCGUUGGCGACACCUGGCGGAACGUCGACUCGCCUUGUAGUUUUUUUACAUAUCGUUAUGAUUAGUCAUCGCAUAUCUGGAUGGAUUGCCUUGUCGAGCAAUGAGCCUUAUUUCGAGUAGCAAUUCUUAGUAGCAAUAAUUAGUUCGAAUAGGGUUUCUUUUGGGAGUUUCGUUUGUUGAACGACCGUGGCGCCAGUACCCGAACGAAAAUCCGUCUCAAAAAUUACGAUAAGGUUGAAUAAGAAAUAAACGACAAAUCUUUUUAAGGAGGAUAAAAAGAUUUUUAAAAUGAAAGACAAAUUUGAAAUAUUUCCCUAAUUGUUUGUUGACAUUAUUUGUUACGCUUGUUUUUUGGCAUCAAAUCGCUUUUAUGAAAUUUUGUAAGCACAAAUUAUAUGUUUAUACACAAUUUUAUCAUAUUUUUAAUAAUAUGUAACUAUGAAAUAAAAUAA